UCCUGUGUAGCUUUCCUUUUGGAGCCGGGCUGCAAGCAUCCUUCCUGGAGGAGCAUCCUCAAAGGAGCCAGGGUCUCCCUUCUUCCCCAGGAGCCUCCUUCCCAGCAAGGCAUGGCCAGGGCCAGAGGAUGAGGCAGCCGGCAGGGGGCGCUGCUGCUCAGGAGGGCUCCUCCUUCUUCGGAAUCCCCGUGUCACGGGCCUCGUGGGAAUCCCCUGACACGUGUCUCCCCCUCCGCCUCGGCUCCUUGUAGUGGAUUUGAGAUGAUGGAGCAUAUGCGCCAGGGCUGCCAACGGGCCUCGGAAACUAUUCGCAAGCAGAAACGCAAGGAGUUGGAUGCCAGGCGCGGCAAAUGCCGGAUUCGUAUCGGCAGCCAUCUGGAUCAGUGGUGUCAGCUUAAAGAGCAGUUGGGUUUCUCCUUGCACUCCCAGCUGGCCAAGUACUUGCUUGACAGGUACAAUUCAUCUAGCUCAGUGGUAAAAACAGGACAGGAUGGCUCCAACACCACCCCUCAUCCUUUUCCUUCCAAUGCACUGCAGCACCUUGUUGUUCUUUCCCAUAAUCACAGCCAAGAGUGUGGCUUCAUCCCUAACAUGAAGUCCACUUUGUUGGACCAAAAAAGAGUUUCAGACAGCAUGGUGUGGGAGUGCCUGGCUGGCCACACCUUCUCUUGGAAACCUUCCACCCCACAGACCUGCACGCCACCCCUCUGCAAAGUCACCUCUGGAGGCCAAGACGAGGAGAAGGAGGGAAAAGCCGUGAGUUCCAAGCCCAGUCCCCCACCCUCCCCCACCAUCCGACGCCGGCGUUCCCUCCGCCGGGCUGCAGCUGCCCAUGCCUUUUCCUUAGCGCUUGCUUCUAACUCACCAUGUCCAGUGGAUGAGGCAGAGCCAUCUUCCAGAGAGGAUGGGGAGGGCAGUGCGGACAGAGAGAGGACAGGAUGCAUAUCUCCUGGCAGCGGAACAGACUUGGGCAAGGAGACAGUAUUGCUGCGUGGCCACAGCACUGAGGAGACAGCCAUUCCAUCCGAAGAAAUAAUUCCAGGUGGAACAAAACUCCCAACGCCUGAAAACACUUUGGCUCCACUGGAUGGGACGCCUGAAUCAUUGCCAGACCAACAAGAGGAAGAAGAAAAAGCAGGAGGAGAUGAAGAAGGAGAUGAAGAUGAUUUGGCAGAGGAAGACAACCUGGCCUAUGCAGAUGACUUGCGAGAUGAGAAUUAUCAUCCUUCUCUAGAGAGAGACUCCAAGCAACGACACCACAACCUGAUAAAGGGGAGUAAAGUCCCUCCAGAAGAAGAGCAGCCCACUGGUGAAACGUGUCUCACUAGCCAGGACCCUUCUGAGGAAAAGAGUGGCGAAGUGAGCUGUAAGAAGUGGACACAGCCUAGUGAUGAAGAUGUGGCCCAGAUUGGUCCAAAGCGAAUCAGGAAGGCAGCCAAGCGAGAGAUCCUCCUUUGUGACUAUGAUGGCUGUGGGAAGAUUUUCUCCAACCGGCAAUACUUGAAUCAUCACAAGAAAUACCAGCAUGUUCACCAAAAAACCUUUACCUGUUCAGAUCCCAGUUGUGGCAAGUCCUUCAAUUUCAAGAAACACCUCAAGGAACAUGAGAAACUGCAUAGUGAUAAACGUGACUACAUCUGUGAGUUUUGUGCCCGCUCCUUCCGGACAAGCAGCAACUUGAUCAUCCAUAGACGAAUCCACACUGGAGAAAAACCUUUACAAUGUGAGAUUUGUGGGUUCACCUGCCGCCAGAAGGCCUCCUUGAAUUGGCACAUGAAGAAGCACGAUGCCGACUCCUUUUACCAGUUUUCCUGUGACCUCUGUGGCAAGAAAUUUGAGAAGAAGGAUAACGUCACAGCCCACAAGAGCAAGAGUCAUCCGGAAACGGUCACUGGGCCUCCCCAGUCUGUCCUUGGCCCACCACUGGCUGUGGAGCAGCUGGAAAACUCUGGGCAUGUCCAGCCUAGUAACACACAGGAGAAGACAGGGCACUCUCCCCUUGCCAUCAGAGUCAUUAUAGAGUAAAGGACUGUGUAAAGUGAGAGGCAGAGAAUGGCACAAAGGAUUCCUGACAAAUCUCCUUAGCAGAGAAGGGCUCUAGGGUUUCAUGCCCGGCUACAGAGUACCCAUGAGAUGAAGGCUCCCCCCCGGGUGGAGGGGAUGAAGAAGGCCAUGAGCCCCUAAAGCACAGAUCCACCAACCAGAUUCCACCUGCUCAGCUCAGCCAGUUCCUGCAUCAGACAGAGAGUCCUAUGCUCAACACUGUCUCAUUUCUGGAGGGCCAGCCAUUAUCCAAUAGGAAUCACCCCCAAAUCUUUCCUUUUGUGGUGGAUGGCCGACACGCUUUUGUUCAGACUCCCAAGUGACUAAGGAGCUGAUUCUAAGGCAGGCACCCAGGUCUUAGUUCUCCCUGCUCUGGAUUUACCUUAUGUGGAUGGACAAUGAUGGAAGAUAUGAAGUGCCCAGUGGUUGUUUUUUAAACCAUCCCAGCUGAGAACCUGACAAGAUCCUGCAGCUCAACAUGGCCAGGCUUUCUUCUUUUCCAUUUAUUACCCUGGUCCAUUUGGUUUGCAUCUGUUCCUGGACAUGAUGGGGAAAACCAGCCCCAUUCCUGUAGAGCACACUUGCUGAAUGCAGAGAAAUUGAUGGAAGGCCUUUGCCUGUUCAAAGCAUGUGUGCCGUUAUAGAGCUGUGAUCAGGGAUUGAAGGUACUUUAGACUAAGGAUUCUGUACCAUGAAUGACUGAAUUUUACAUUUUAGUAUAAGUUACCUAAUUUUUCUAGGUACUUAUUUUACAAAAUUACAUUUUACUAGAUGUGGAAAGCUGGCUGACUAGUUCUAGAGAGGAAGCUGUACUGGGCACUUUAGUCCCAUCCCUUGGCAAUCUUAGGCAUUGGCUUUUGAGAUCUGCCGAGUUUUCAAGCCUAAAAUAAGUAGCAAAUACCUAGUCCUUAUGUCUCCAAAAAGACUAGCUUUGUGUGUGUGUGUGUUUAUUUUUAAUCAAAGGUGAGAUUCUCAGGUAACAACAUUUUGCAGCCAGUCCUACACCCUGGAUUUAUUUCUGCAUUAAGUAAACCCUGAUCUUAGUUGUUUUCCAUUCCCACUGAUUAGCUUAACACAGCUUUUAAAUUACGUGGGCCAUUAAUAAGUAUAGCCUUCACCACUGUGCUCCUCACAGCUCCUGAGACCUUUCAUGUCAAACAGUGUGAAGAUGCAAUUUUUUUACUUUUGCCAACCAGAAAACAUUUGUGGUCUCUCAUACAGUGUGCUAAGCCAAAUAAAGAGUUCACAGGAGAGUAUCUGGGUGAACGUAUAUGGAAAAAUGAAACCACUAUUUAGAUACCAAUGAGUGCCCUGAUCUCAGUGCCACUCUUGAUCUUUCAUUCCCAGAGGAGUUUUAUUUCGGGUAAGUUCUGCCUGAUCCUACUUUGAAUGCUCAUGUUCUUGAACAAGAGUGAGGAACCAUGGGCCCCAGGGCUAAAUUUAGCCCUCUGGGUUUCCUCCUGCUCUUUGACUGCCUUUUGUUGGUAGCAUCCCAGCUUUUCUACAGGUUUCUCCACCAUUCUAAUCAGUUGAAUUGCUUCUCCUAAGGCUUCAUUACUGGCAGGAAGAGUUUCAGAUUAAAGUAUGAUGGUAUAUUUGGUUGCACCCUUUUGCCUUUCAUCCCACCCAUUGCUGGAAUGUACUCCCCCCCCCCCCCCC